CUGGUGUAAAGCUGCUUCCCUCCUUCCCGCAUUUCAUCAGCAAGCAGCAACACGAGCUGGGUUUCCUCUGAACUCCAUCUGCUCUGCAAUGCAGCCUAUGCCCUUUGAAUAAUCACCCAUCCCUGCCUGGGAAAAUGGGAAAAACCCUGAGGAGACCCACGGACUUCUAGAGAAGUCCAUGCUGGGGAGGGGCUCACACCUCAGUGCCUGCAUUCCAGAGGUCUAAGCGCGGCCGAGGCAGCGCCCGGCGGGACGCGGCGCCCGGAGCCCCCGGACUGAUCCGCUGCCUCCACCUCGGAGCCCGCCGCCGCUGACACCGCCGAGCCAACCUCGCCGCCAUGGGCUCCGAGCGGGACUCCGAGUCGCCGCGAUCCUCAUCCAUCCACUCGGCCGCCGCCAAGUGCCCCAAGCCCGGCCGCCGCCGCCGCCUCUCCUUCCAGAGCGUCUUCUCCGCCGCCGCCGCCUCAGCCGCGGGCGGCCGCCGCCGCGCCAAGGCCGAGCCACCCCCGGCCGCCCCGCCGCCGCCCCCCGCCGCCCCGCCAGCCCCGCCGCCGCCGCCGCCGCCGCCCCCCGAGGAGGCUCCGGUGGUCCCGGAGGGCGAGGAGGAGUUGGAAUGCCCGCUGUGCCUGGUGCGGCAGCCGGCGGAGAACGCGCCGCGGCUGCUGUCGUGCCCGCACCGGUCGUGCGGGGCCUGCCUGCGGCAGUACCUGCGCAUCGAGAUCACCGAGUCCCGCGUCAACAUCUGCUGCCCCGAGUGCAGCGAGCGCCUCAACCCCGCCGACAUCCGCCGCCUGCUCCGCGACUCCCCGCACCUCGUCGCCAAGUACGAGGAGUUCAUGCUGCGCCGCUGCCUCGCCGCCGACCCCGACUGCCGCUGGUGUCCGGCCCCCGACUGCGGGUACGCGGUGAUCGCCUACGGCUGCGCCAGCUGCCCCAAGCUGACCUGCGAGAGGGACGGCUGCCAGACAGAGUUCUGCUACCACUGCAAGCAGAUCUGGCACCCCAACCAGACCUGCGACAUGGCGCGGCAGCAGCGGGCGCAGGCCCUGCGCGUGCGCACCAAGCACACCUCGGGGCUCAGCUACGGCCAGGAGUCCGGCCCAGCUGAUGACAUCAAGCCGUGCCCUCGCUGCAGCGCUUACAUCAUCAAGAUGAACGACGGCAGCUGCAACCACAUGACGUGUGCUGUGUGUGGCUGCGAGUUCUGCUGGCUCUGCAUGAAGGAGAUCUCAGAUCUGCAUUACCUCAGCCCCUCUGGCUGUACAUUCUGGGGAAAAAAGCCAUGGAGUCGUAAAAAGAAGAUUCUCUGGCAGCUGGGCACGUUGAUUGGAGCUCCUGUGGGCAUUUCCCUCAUUGCUGGCAUUGCCAUUCCUGCCAUGGUCAUUGGUAUCCCUGUGUAUGUUGGGAGGAAGAUCCACAGCAGGUAUGAGGGGAAGAAAACCUCCAAGCACAAGAGGAACUUGGCCAUUACUGGUGGAGUCACCUUGUCUGUCAUUGCCUCCCCAGUCAUUGCUGCUGUCAGUGUUGGAAUUGGGGUCCCCAUCAUGCUGGCCUACGUCUAUGGGGUCGUGCCCAUCUCGCUGUGCCGGGGUGGUGGCUGUGGGGUCAGCACAGCCAAUGGAAAGGGGGUGAAAAUCGAGUUUGAUGAAGAUGAUGGACCCAUCACAGUGGCCGAUGCCUGGAGAGCCCUGAAGAACCCCAGCAUUGGGGAGAGCAGCAUUGAGGGGCUGACCAGUGUGCUGAGCACCAGUGGCAGCCCCACAGACGGGCUCAGUGUCAUCCAGGGCAACUACAGCGAGACCGCCAGCUUCGCUGCCCUGUCCGGGGGCACCCUGAGUGGGGGGGUCCUCUCGGGGAGCAAGGGCAAGUACAGCAGGCUGGAAGUCCAGGCAGAUGUGCAGAAGGAGAUUUUCCCCAAAGACUCGGUGAGUUUGGGGGCGAUCAGCGACAACGCCAGCACCCGAGCCAUGGCUGGUUCCAUCAUCAGCUCCUACAACCCCCAGGACAGGGAGUGCAAUAACAUGGAGAUCCAGGUGGACAUUGAAGCCAAGCCCAGUCAGUACCAGCUGACCAGCGGCAGCAGCACCGAGGAUUCCCUGCACGUCCACACCCAGAUGGCAGAGAACGAGGAAGAGGAGGAGGAGGAAGAGGAGGAGGAGGAGCAGAGGUGCAAACACCAAAGCUGUGAGCAGAAGGACUGCAUUGCCAGCCAGACGUGGGACAUCAGCCUGGCCCAGCCCGAGAGCAUCCGCAGCGACCUGGAGAGCUCGGACAGCCAGUCGGACGGCGUGCCCGACAUCCCCUCGGACGAGUGCGAGUCCCCGCUCUGUCAGACUGCAGCAGGCUGCCCACACACCCCCAGGGCAAGGGCUGCCCAGAGCCCAAGUGCCCACCUGAGCCACUGUGCCCCAGCCGAGGGCUGCAGGCUGGAUGAGAUGCUCCAGCUGGAAUGCAUCGAAGCCAGAGUGUGAGCUCAGCACACUCCCUGUCACUGCAGCUUCUGGGCCGGGGUCGUGUCCCUGUUGGCUUCUGUUUGCCAUCCUCCAGUUGGCUCCCCCAGCCUUGCCUUGGGGCUGUUUCUUACAUGACAGAAAAAAAGCCCAACAAAGGAAAAAAAAAAGAAACCCCCCCUGCCCUCUUUUUGUUUUAAUUUAUUGGUUCAAACUCUGUGAGGUGUGUAAGAGUGUAAAUAUGUACGUGUGUCUGUAUGUCUGCAACCAUCCUAAGGGACUCUUGGAAUAAAGACUCUGGUUGUCAUUCGACCUGAA